UCUCUCUCUCUCCUCGACUCGCCUCCGCCCCUGUCAUUCUCCCGUCUCCUCCACGAGGAUACUAACUGAAACCCGGCCCUUCUCCCCCCCCCCUCUUCUAGCGGGUGGGGGUCCGAAGCAUCGAAGCUGGCCAGCGGGCACAUGGACGGCGGUGGCAACUCGCUGCCCUCGGUCGCGGGGGCGGCCGCGACGAAGCGGAGGGUGUGCUACUUCUACGACUCGGAGGUGGGCAACUACUACUACGGGCAGGGUCACCCGAUGAAGCCCCACCGGAUCCGGAUGACCCAUGCCCUCCUCGAGCGCUACGGCCUCCUCGGGGGCAUGCGGGUCCUCCGCCCCUCCCCUGCUGACGACCGCAUCCUCCGUCGCUUCCACGCCGACGACUACGUCGCCUUCCUCCGCUCCGCCAACCCUGAGGCCCUGAGCGACCCCGGCGCCCUCCGCCGCUUCAACGUCUGCGACGACUGCCCGGUCUUCGACCGCCUGUACGAGUUCUGCCAGGUCUACGCUGGCGCCUCCGUAGGCGCCGCCAAGGAGCUCAACCGCGGCCACGCCGACAUCGCCAUCAACUGGUCCGGUGGCCUCCACCACGCCAAGCGCUGCGAGGCUUCCGGCUUCUGCUAUGUUAACGAUAUCGUCCUCGCCAUCCUCACUCUCCUCGAGCACCACGACCGUGUUCUCUAUGUAGACAUUGAUAUUCACCAUGGAGAUGGGGUAGAGGAGGCCUUUUACACAACAGAUAGAGUAAUGACGGUCUCAUUCCAUAAAUUUGGUGAUUAUUUUCCUGGGACUGGGGAUAUACGUGAUAUUGGAUAUGGUAAAGGAAAAUAUUAUGCAUUAAAUGUCCCUUUGGAUGAUGGAAUUGAUGAUGAAAGCUACCAUUAUCUUUUCAAACCUAUCAUGGCAAAGGUCAUGGAAGUUUUCAGGCCUGAUGCUGUGGUACUUCAGUGUGGUGCUGACUCCUUAUCUGGAGACAGGUUGGGUUGUUUCAACCUUUCUGUCAGAGGCCAUGGAGAGUGUGUAAGAUAUAUGAGAUCUUUUAAUGUGCCACUGAUGCUGCUUGGUGGCGGUGGGUAUACAAUACGUAAUGUUGCUCGCUGCUGGUGCUACGAGACAGGAGUUGCCCUUGGUGUUGAAGUGGAGGAUAAGGUGCCUGAUCAUGAAUACAUUGGGUAUUUCGCCCCAGACUAUAAUAUCCAUGUUGCAACAAGUAACAUGGAAAACAAGAAUUCACGCAAGUCGUUGGAUGACAUAAAGGUAAAACUACUAGAAUAUCUUUCAAAGCUCCAACAUGUUCCAGGUGUUCAGUUUCAGGAACGACCGACUGAUAUGGAUCUCGAGGAGGAAAAUGAGGACCAGGAGGAUACAAAUGAAAAAAAUGAUCAUAACUCUGACAGGGAUGAAAGGCCCGAAUCUUGAGAGAUCCCAUGGUAAUCAUCUUCUUUAUGGCAAUAGGAUCAUUUUCAGUCGAAGAUGACCUCCAAAUAACAUUCAGAAUUCAGUAGUUGCAGCUUAACAUUGUAAAUGUAAGAGCUUUUGUGCAGUCUUGAAAUUUGGAAGUUACUAGAACAAUAGGCUUGCAUCAUGACAAUCUUUCUUUCUUCUCUUCAAGGGAUGUGGAAUUGAGAAUCAGUAAUUCAGUUUUAACCUCUAUGUAUUUAGAACAUUCGGACAUACAGAUGAAGACCUUUUUAAUGAUGGAAGUAUCUGUUUGAGCCAUCGGAGCUUUUCUUUGUCUCCUGAUUCGUGUUGCGAAAAGGUACCCUGUUAAAACGUCGGUGCAUUCUUUUGAUUUGAAGGCUUUACCCGUGAAGUCUUAGUUUAAAGCAGUAGUCGUAUGCUUGAAUGAACUGUUGUAAUUCGUGGAUUACAAAUUUUUUUUUGUUUCCCUGACAUUUUGCUGCAAACAUGCUGUGUAAAUUGCAUUAUCAUUAAAACUUUAUGAUCAUUAUUAUGGUUAUGAUUGCAAAUGUAAAUUUCUUA